UAAAAAUGUAUUCAUAACAUAGUAUACCUUCACACUUACAUCAGAUUUUAGUUAUUGAACCUGCAAUGGAAAACAGUAAAUAAAACGAUACAAUGCUGACUAGCCGUAACCUGCAUUACAUAAAAUAAUAUGUAUGUCAACACCCUCAAAAAAUAUAUAGUCGAAUAAAAAAGGUAAUACUUUGAACAACUGGCUCCCAUAAAAACAUGGACAACAUAAGGCAGUUGAGAGAAAAAAUAGAAUCAUUCAUAACGUGCAGCGAUAGACGUUGCCCAACCCUGAGCGAACGCUAUCAAAGGCACCGCUUAAAACACCAUUCCUUGCAUAGGAAACAGCCACCGCAGCUGGAGAGCCCGUCAAUGAGAAGCAGCUCUUCCCAUUCGUAUGGAAAAGAAAAAGCAACAGAAAGCUUGGGAACAAAUACAGAAGAAAAAAAAUUCGAAGAAUAUUAUAAUGUAAAAGAAGAAAUAAUGGAUUGGUCAAAAGAUUUACCUGUUUAUCAUAAUCCAAAAUUUGAGAAUAUAAAACAAAAUGUAAUCACAAAGAAUCCAUAG